CUAGCAGUCAACAAUCUAGGCCUCUACACGCAUAUUUACUAUCUUGUUAACCUUGAGUCCGUCCUGUCUUUGAGACUCCUGUUUGCAUCGAUGCGUCAAGCCAUCUGCUGCCUCUUGCGCCUCCUUUCCUUUCUUUUGGCGUCUUCAGCGUGGGUGACUUUGGCUGACGCUCUCGCGACCUUCUGGAUGAAGGAGGUACCCGUUCUUGUAAAACCUUCCGACGAGAUCGUUGGCUUGCACUGUCGGUACCAUGCGGAUGUGCAACAGCAGUUCCAGAAAGGUCUUGGCGAGCCGCAAUUCGAGCACUUCGACGAAGCUGGAUGACAGCCCUGUGCCCGUUUUUGGAGGAUCGCAACAGCGUCUGACCAGCAAUAUCCCUCGCAUCGCGGUUGAUGCCCACCUCGACCAUC